GCCCAAGAUGGUUGCUUUAAAAACCACUCUUUUUUGCAUUGCAGAUUAAUUUCAGACUCCUGAAACUCACUCAAAGCUAGCUACUACUAUCAACAAACAACUUCACACUUUACGCGAAUCAAUUUCUUAAGGGAUUGAGAAUAUGACAUCUCCAUUCAGAGGGAUUGCAAAGGAUAUUAAAGGGAGGGCAUCAUGUUACAAACAAGAUUGGAUUGCUGGUAUUAAGCCUGGAUUCAGGAUACUAGCUCCAACGACGUACAUCUUCUUUGCUUCUGCACUUCCUGUCAUUGCUUUCGGAGAGCAACUUAGCAGAGACACAGAUGGACAAUUGAGCACUGUGGAGACAUUGGCUUCUACUGCUAUAUGUGGCAUCAUACACUCUAUUCUUGGUGGACAACCUCUUAUGAUAGUGGGAGUUGCUGAACCUACAAUUAUAAUGUAUACAUAUUUGUAUAAUUUUGCCAAAGGGAGACAAGAUUUGGGGCCACAAUUGUACUUGGCUUGGGCUGGAUGGGUAUGCAUCUGGACAGCUCUACUGUUGUUUCUUAUGGCAAUUUUUAAUGCUAGUGAUAUCAUCAGUAGAUUUACAAGGAUUGCAGGGGAAACUUUUGGGAUGUUAAUUUCGGUUCUUUUCAUUCAAGAGGCCAUCAAGGGACUAGCGAGCGAGUUCGGCAUUCCCAAAUCCGAGGACCCGAAUUCAGUUCAAUAUCAAUUUCAAUGGCUUUACACUAACGGACUGCUAGCGGUUAUAUUCUCGUGUGGCCUACUAUACACCGCGUUACAAAGCAGAAACGCUAGAUCAUGGUUGUAUGGGGCAGGGUGGCUUAGAAGUUUCAUAGCAGACUAUGGGGUUCCAUUGAUGGUUGUAGUGUGGACUGCACUAUCAUUUUGUGUACCAAACAAAGUCCCCUCUGAUGUUCCUAGAAGACUUUAUAGCCCACUUUUAUGGGAUUAUGAAUCAUUAUACCAUUGGACUGUAAUCAAGGACAUGGGUAAGGUUCCUUUCGUGCAUAUCAUGGCUGCCUUCGUCCCGGGUGUUAUGAUAGCCGCGCUUUAUUUCUUCGACCACAGUGUUGCUUCGCAAUUGGCUCAACAAAAAGAGUUCAAUCUCAAGAACCCAUCUGCCUAUCAUUAUGACAUUUUCCUACUCGGAUUUACGACAUUGCUUUGUGGAUUGAUUGGAUUACCCCCUGCAAAUGGUGUUUUGCCUCAGUCUCCUAUGCACACUAAAAGUCUAGCUGUUCUUGAAAGACAGUUUAUCAAGAAGAAGAUGAUGGAGAGUGUCAAUGAAAGCGUGGAACGAAAAGCUAGCAUUUCAGAGAUCUACAACACGAUGCAAAGGGUGUUCGAAGAUAUAGACAACUCCCCAAUGACAAACGGAGUCGUUAGUGAACUAAAAGACUUGGAGGACGCAAUAAUGACCGUAGAAGAUGGGUUCGAAAACACAAAGGAGAAGUUCGUUCUUGAGAAACACAUUGAUGCUUACUUACCCGUUCGAGUUAACGAGCAAAGAGUCAGCAAUUUUCUACAAUCGAUCCUUUUAGCCGCGUCUAUGUGUGCUAUGCCCCUAAUCAAAUUGAUACCCACCUCGGUUUUAUGGGGUUAUUUUGCUUAUAUGGCCAUUGACAGCCUUCCUGGAAACCAAUUUUGGGAAAGAGUCUUACUUCUUUUCGUACCCUAUGGACAAAGAUACAAGUUUGUCGAAAAGGUUCACACUUAUUUUGUCGAGACCGUGCCAUAUGGAACCAUCGUUGUAUUCACCGUCUUCCAGAUUGUUUAUUUCUUAGCGUGCUUCGGGGUGACAUGGAUUCCAAUCGCGGGUGUUCUCUUUCCUCUGUUGUUCUUCAUCCUCAUUGUUAUAAGACAAUACAUUCUACCAAAGAUGAUUCUCCCUCGCCAUUUGUACGAAUUGGAUGCAGCAGAGUUUGACGAAAUUGAAGGUGGUCCAUCAGAACCUCUGUUAAAGUAAAUAUACAACGAUGUUUAAUACAAAAUCAACUUUAAGUUGAAAACUACGAAAACCAUAUAAAUACUUGUUCAUAUUAGUUAAAUUGUGAUAUAUAAGAUGAUUGUGUAACUAUAUCAUUUAUUUUGAUAAUGCACUAUGUACAAAUGAUUAU